CUAGAGGAUGAUUUUGGUUCAAACCGUUUGCCGGUUUUCUUCUCGAUUGUAUUAAUAUUUGAUUGAUUGGUUUGAAGUUACGUUUGAUACAUCUUUUGCGCAGUGGUUUAAUUACGAAUUCGGUUCAAUGGGCAACCCCGAAGAUAAAAGGAAGCUGCGUCCAAAGUUGUGGCACAAGGACGAAAUUCAUUUCUUUCUCAAUUUGUUCGAAGUCGCUCUUCGUCACGAGGGUCUUACUGCGUUCGAGGAUUGCGAGGAGCAGCUGUGGGUCACCAUUUCCGACACACUCAAAGUGGCACACGGCGUUGAUGCGAGCGCGUCCCAGUGUCACAGUAAAUGGAACUCUCUGUACAAAACGUACAUCGCCUACCCGACACGGGAGUGCUCCUUCUUCGCUAAGAUCAAGAAAAUAGUGGAAAUUUCGCUAGAAAAUAACGUACCUUCUACACUGGAACAGGCCGAACCAGCCCCCAAGAAGAUGAAGGUAGAAAUAGAACCACUUGACAGUGAGCUAUUGUUCAAUGAAACAGAACAUUUUGAACAGCAACCCAACGAACCGAAAGUCAAUCAGACACAAGAUGUGGAAGUUUUGGAAGAUGAUCCAACAGUCGGAGACAAUUUAAAUGACUUGCUACGUAAACUCUGUGCCAAAAUAGAUACACUCACGGAACUGCAGCGUCGGCAAGAGCUACGAAUUGACGAAGUUGCUCAGAUGCAAAAAACUAAUCACGAUCAUUUAUUGGAAAUAAAGAAUUUACUUAAUUUACAUUAA